AUGAAUAUUGACAAAAAAUUAUUUAACUUGGUUGUACUAAUUGAUUUAAAAAAGGCAUUUGAUACUGUCGACCACCAGAUUUUACUAAAAAACCUCGAAAUUUAUGGCGUAAAAGGAGAUGCUUUGGCUCUACUAAAAUCGUACUUGAUAAAUCGCACUCAGAAAUGCCAAGUUAAUGGAACUAUUUCAUCGGAGCGGUUGAUUAAGUGUGGCGUGCCACAAGGCUCUCUUUUAGGGCCAUUAUUCUUUUUAUUAUAUAUUAAUGACUUGCCUCAGUGUCUAAGCAAAACAAAACCUCGACUGUUUGCUGAUGAUACAAACCUAACAGCUGCGGGAGAAUCUAUAAAUGAUGUUGAAGCUGCAAUGAAUUCUGAUUUAGGAAACCUUAGGAAAUG